AAUAAUACGCCAAAAACGUACUGCGUACUGUCCAAAUAAAUCCUCAGGAAAUGGACAAAUUGUUCUUUAGAUCCUGCCUUCCUUUGACCUUAGGUUAGGUCUCCAAUCUUUCUCUCUCGUUCUCUCCCCCACCCACUUUAAUACUCUCAGGACGCAUAACUCUAGCAAGGAACAGGAACGAAACUUGACUCCAUCCAGCCCUGUUUUGCUGACCUUCGACCAACCACAAUUCCGUCCCCCGGUUCCUUUUCUUUCUCCCAGCUCCUUAUCUUACCUACCUUUCCUUCCUCGAUAUUAAACACCUAAUAUAAUCACCCCAUAUAAACAUCGGUAAAAGAAAAAAAAAUGCCUCUGUGGACGACCAAAUCCCACCAUAACCAGGCGGAGACCAGCGAGUCAUCCGCUGCCGCUACCGCCGCCGAUCCCAAGAACGAUCCCGUGGCGUCGGCCUCCCAGGCUGCGGGCAAUGCGUGGCUCGCGGGCCAUUUGAACCAUUUGACUGAAGACCAGGAGAAGAAGUUGACAGAGUUCAAGAAUCUCUGCGCGAAGAAUGGGUACUAUACGCCUGAGAAGGAGGGGGAGAAGCCCAGUCAUGAUGAUGCUACCAUGCUGCGUUUUCUCCGCGCGCGCAGAUUCGAUAUAAAUGGCGCUUGGGGUCAGUUCAAGGAUACUGAGGAUUGGCGAAAGGAAAAUGCGAUCGAGUCGCUUUAUGAGAAUAUCGACGUGGAAUCAUAUGAUGCGGCUCGGAGAAUGUACCCGCAAUGGACUGGACGUCGGGAUCGUCGCGGGAUCCCUGUUUACGUCUUCGAGAUCAAGCAUCUAACCAGCAAAAACAUGGCGGUCUAUAACUCCACCAUGACCGAACCCAACGCCACGGCGGAAACGCACCAGUCGUCUAAAGUCCCCCAGCGGUUGCUUCGUUUGUUUGCGCUGUACGAAAAUCUACUCAAUUUUGUCAUGCCUCUGUGCUCGCAAUUAGCCCGUCCAAACCCGGAGACUCCUAUCGUGACAUCUACCAAUAUUGUUGAUGUUAGUGGAGUCGGUCUGAAGCAGUUCUGGAAUCUCAAGGGACACAUGCAGGACGCGAGUGUUCUUGCAACCGCUCACUACCCUGAAACUUUGGACCGCAUCUUUAUCAUCGGCGCCCCCGCAUUUUUCCCCACGGUCUGGGGCUGGAUCAAGCGCUGGUUCGACCCCGUCACGACCUCUAAGAUUUUUAUCCUCUCCGCCUCCGAAGUCCUUCCGACCCUCACCUCCUUCAUGGACCCCUCUAGCAUCCCCAAGCAAUACGGUGGUGACCUCAACUGGCAAUGGGGCGACAUGCCUUAUCUUGACGAGCCCGCUCGCGAACUAGUCGGCGCUCUUGAGACCGCCCCCGUAACAGGCGAGACAAAGCCUGGGUUCAUCAGGGGUCCAGUCCUCUUCAAGGGCGACAGAGUCGAAAUCAUCGGCAAGGAAAAUGGGGUCAAGCGAGCUUCCACGGUUCCUGUCCCCAAGCCCAAGGCUGCAGACCUGAAUGCCACUCCUGCUCCUGCUCCUGCUCCUGCUGCUGAAGCGCCUGUCGAGGCCUCUGCGGGGACUACGACUGAGACAGAAACAGAGACAGAAGAAGCCGCAUCAGACGCAUCCCCUACCCUAGAAGAGGAAGUCUCUGAGAAACUUAAGCUGGAGAACGGCGCAUCUCUCGCUCCGCAAACAGUGGCUGCUUAAUUCCUUCCUUGGCCAACGCCUGAAUAUUGAAUAAACAUAAACCCCCCCCCCCCCCCCCCCUUCUUGUCUUAGCUUGCAUCCAUACCCUGAUGAUUUUCUCCCUCUCCCUCUAUCUUUUCGCUUCUUUCCCUUUUUACACUAAUUGGAAUGUCUUUUUUGGGGGUCUCCUGAUACAUUUCGUCUACAUCAGGUGUUGACUUGAAGUUGUUAGAUUUAAUUAAGUCCAAGGUUCUAUUCAGUACUUACUACUUCCCAUGCUGUUGUUUCUUAUUACAUACAGCUUGCAUACAUGUACGUACGCGAUCUACAUUAGGGAUGCUCAUGCGAAUAUACUAAUCUUCAUGUUCUUCUCUCUCAAUGGUGCUA